AUGAAAAGAGAAGACGUUGAGUUUAAGACGUCGGACGGCGUUUCUCUGCGGGGUUGGUUCUACAGCAGUGAUCUCAUUACCGACAGCAAAGCGCCAUGCAUUGUCCUGUGUAUUGGCCUAGGGGGCACCAAGGAAAUGAGUGUCGAAAGGUUCGCCGAGUAUUUCGUCGCCCAUCUCCCGGUCAAUUGCCUGCUGUAUGACCACCGCAGCUGGGGCGCCAGCGACACGCUGCCGGGGUGCCCACGGAACGAGGCGGACCCCAUGGUGCAAUCUAGCGAUUUGAGCGACGCAAUCUCGUAUGUUUCGACCCUCGACCGGGUCGACCCCCAGAAGAUCGGCAUCUGGGGUAGCUCCUACGGCGGCGGCCACUGCCUUUACGUCGGUGCGGUGGACAAGCGCGUGAAGCUGGUGCUGUCCCAGAUACCCUUGGUCGAUGGCUACGCCACGACGGAAAGGGCGCUCCCCGAGGCGGCGCGCGAGCCCUCCAACGCCCAUUUCGCGCAGGACCGACUUGCCCGAGCCCAAGGCAAGGAGCCUCAAUACAUAGCCGUUUCAAGCGCGGACCCGGCCACGAAGGCGUUAUUCAACGACCAAAAAUGCUUCGACUUUUUCAAGGAGCAUGUCGGUAAACCGUACUGGGACAAUCGCAUGACUGUCAAAACGGUGGAACUCUCACGCGGUUGGGUGCCGGCACACCUGAUCGACAAAAUAUCGCCGACGCCGCUUCACAUGACCGUCGCCAUCCAGGACACUGUGACGCCCGCCGAGUACGCGCUCAAGGCUUACAACCGGGCCUUAGAGCCCAAGAAGUUGACUCUGCUCAACUGUGACCACUUUGGGCCUUAUAGCGGUCCUCAUUUUGAGAAAGUCGUCGCGGAGCAAGCCGCUUUCAUUAAGGAGUGGUUUUUUGACGGCCAAUAG